ACACACACACACACACACACACACACAGGGUUUCACAGACAAACGCGCGCACACGGACUAUAUUUGGGGCUGAGCGCAGUGAGAAACAUUAGUUGACGGAGCUGCUGGAUGUUUCUGACAAACAGCGGUAACAUCUGACUCAGAAAUCGAGACUCAUCAGACCAGGCAACAUUUUUCCAGUCUUCAACUGUCCAAUUUUGGUAUUGAUCGGGCCGGAGAGCCCUGAAGAGCCAACAGAUGCAGACAUGAUCCCAUUUUCUCCCUGAGGAACUGACCAAUCAGCAGUCAGGAUGAUGCCCAAGCAGCAGCUGGCCCAGACGUCUCCAGGGAGUGUGUUGUCUCUGAGAGGGCCCAGCGUCCCAGGAUCCCCUGCGGCCGCCAUCGUGGCCAGAGUGGAGGACGGGGUUAUUUGCUACAAGGACUUGGCGGCGUUACCUAGAGACAAAGCCAUCCUGGAUAUCGAGAGGCCAGACCUGAUGAUCUACCAGCCGCACUACAGCUACAGUCCACUGGAGAGGUCUUUGUCUCCUCGCUCCAUCUCUCCUCCUACCUCCCCGGAGAAGGAGUCCAGGGACUGGCUGGAGAACCGGUCUCCUGGAGGUUCCUCCCCUGGUUCCACCAUCCAGACCAGCAGAACACACAGCACACACACGCCGCCCACACCGAACACACCAAACACGCCGCACACACAUUCCACUGGAACCAAGAUCGCCAUGCAGCACUUCCACAGGCCCGAAAAUGGCACCAACAUCUACAAGAAGCCUCCCAUCUACAAACAAGAUGUGUCGUCCUCUCAGGUCCCUCAGGGGAAGCACAUCGAGGAUCUGAUCAUCGAGUCCUCAAAGUUUCCUGCAGCUCAGCCUCCAGACCCCAACCUGCCCUCCAAGAUAGAGACCGAGUACUGGCCCUGCCCCCCCUCCUUGGCCGUGAUUGAGAAGGAGUGGAGGAAGAAGGAGCAGAGAGAUGAAGACGAGGAGGAGGAUGGCGAGCUGGAUGAUGAGCUGUGGGGACUCAGAGCGCUUCAGAAACAGGAACUGAACAAGAUUCAGUCUAAUCUGGGGAAAAUCAUCCUGAAGGAGGAGCUGGAGAAAUCUUCAGCUCCUCUGAGGAGGAAAACUCGCUCGCUACCGGACCGCAGCCAUCACACAGGGUCCAACACCUCCAAGUCUGUGUAUUUCCCAGCAUCCUCUAAGACCGGUCUGUCCAGGGUGAGUACUUCUGAACAGAAACGUCCAAUCACAGCAGAGUUCCAUGAUGACGGCGAUGAACGUGUUUCUGUGUGUUUUCAGCUGCAGUCGGCAGAGUUCAGCUCGUCUGACAAAACUCCUGCAGAGCUUCAGAACGGAGACUCCAGGAUGGACCGAGGAAACUCCCUCCCCAGCAUGCUGGAGCAUAAAAUCUACUCCUAUGAGAUGCUGGUGGUGACUCACAGAGGGCGGAGCAAGCUGCCCCCAGGCGUGGACAGAACCAGGCUGGAGAGACACCUCUCUCAGGAGGAGUUCUUCAGUGUUUUCGGGAUGUCCAUCGAGGAGUUCGACCACCUCUCCGUCUGGAAGAGAAACGAACUGAAGAAGAAAGUCUGUCUCUUCUGACGUCGCUGGGGCCGCAGCUCCCACAAUCCGCUACUCUUCCUGGAUCACUGCAGGAUCCCGAAACCGCACGGAAAAAAGAUCAUUAUCAGCACCGCCGCCGCCGCCAUCAUCACAACAGCUCACUGUUAGUCAGAUGCUCAGUGAGACGCCUCAGGCUUCGGGUUUGAUGUGAUUCACAUUGAAGGUUUGAACGCAGUGACUUUUAGAUUUCUGCAGGACUACUGUUUGAUAAGCUUCAGUUUUUAGAUGUCUGUAGAAAUGUUUAAAUAACAAAACUGCUCAGCGAGCGCAAAGAAUCAACCUGCAUGUCAAGAUGUGGAAGCACAGAGGCAGGUGUGGAUAGAUCACAAGAAGAAGAAUCUUCUUUAAUGGUGUCUUUUAUCCCAGUUUUGGAAGUUUUUGCCGCUAGUAUGAAAACUGAGAGCAGAGCAACUACAGUGGGUUUAAACUGGAAGUGAAGAGGCCCGGUCACACCAGCAUUUUUAACAGUUCACACUAAAUUAAUUUAAGAGAAUUCACAGUAAAUCCACGUGGAUCUUUUUGCUUAGAGUUCAGGUUUUGGUGACCUUUUACAAGCUGAAGUCUCAACAGUCUGGAGCUCAACACACUGCAAUGUAAGAACAAAUUUAGCAUUUAGAAAAAAAGGCAAAAAAAGAAUACAUUUACAGCAAAUGCUGAAGUUGGUUUCUUCAUUUGCUUGUGUUUCCUUAAGUUGCAGUUGUGUUUUGAGUUUUUUCAGCCACCGCAGAACCGGAGGUCCAAAAACAUGUGCAGUAAUCCACGACGAGAGACAACUAAUGUUUUGACCCUGUUUGAAUUGUUCCCUGAGCUACACACACAUGAUGUUUGUCAGUUUAAAAAUAAUUUAAGUCAAGAAGCUCACAGUUUGUUGUAAAACUCUAAAGUAACGUUUAGUUUUGUGUGAAACCAUUUAAAAAACGACAUCUCUCGUCACACAUAAUAUACGUCACCAACAUGUUAGCGCUGUAAUGCUAAGCUAACGUUGAUUGCUUGGUUGCUAAUAGCUAGGUAAGUUAGCUAUGUUCCAUGCACAGACGUAUCUCACCUGAUGUGUUUAAUCCAACAACUCUUGGUAUUUUAUCACAUCAUCUACACAUGGAAGCUUUUUGACGUUAGCUUCAGUAAUGUUAGCUUCAGUCACGGUAGCUUCAGUAAUGUUAGCUUCAGUAACAUUAGCUUCAGUACCGUCAGCGUUGGUGACUUUAGCUUCAGUAACGUUAUAUUAAAUUAUCUGUUAAACUGACAAACAUCGUGUGUGUAAUUCAAACAGGAUCUAAACAUUAGUUGUCUCUCUCCAUUGACUAACGUACAUAUUGUUUCCAAAAUAAGGUCCCAUGGUGGUCCACGGGAAGCUGAGGCUCUCCAUAAUUCUCCUCUGCUGGAGUAUAAAGAUGCAUUAUGAUUUGUAUUCCGAUGUCACAUCAUUUUCUCUAGUUAGCUUCUGAGCUGGCUAGCUGACUUGCUACUAGCUAGCAAACUGAUAGCUAGCCAACUAGCUUUGCGAGCUGUUUUGGCUGGCAUAAUGUUAGCCAGGAGUGGAUGAUUCAUCCUUCAUCGUGUAAUUUUAAAAUCACAAUAUCAAUAUAACUAUAUAGGCCUUUAUCAUGAUAUUGUAGGUUUUCAGACAAAUCAAGGAAUUAUCACUGGAUAAAAUAAUCUGACAGAAAUGUCUUUUGUGUUUUUGGCAACGGCUUAUAAAGUUAUGUUAAAAUCAAGUAUUGCCACAAAUCAGGUUUUUAUUAGUUUACAACCUAAGGUGGCCUAACAUACCCAGAGAUAUUAAAGGGUAGAGAUACCUUGUUUUUGACGCUAUAUGGCAAUUAUAUCCUCAAAUCGCCUAAUCUUCUGGUGUGACUCGGCACAAUGUCGGGACACUUCCUGGUCGGCUCUGUCAGCUUUGUCGUUUGUCUAAGAACUUUUUAAACUGUGAAAUAAGAGCAGCCAGAGAAAGACGUGUCCUGUUGACGGCUGCAGGUAAAGAGUCCUCUGGGUUUGUUACUCUCGCAGCAGUAAAAUGAAAGUUAAUCUUCAUAAUGUUAAAGCUCAGUUGUUUGGUUGCAGUGGUGGAAUUCUCUUCUACUGUUGACCUCACUGAAGGUUUUAUGUUAAUCCCAGUCACAUAGCAUUAAAUGUUUUCUAUAUAUACGAGAUUAUACAUUAAAGGUCACACCUUCUGUAGGUUAGACUGAUGAAGCCUUCCGAAGCUACAGACAGAUUUAUUUCCAUCAGACGUCAGAUUAAAUCAAGAUUAAAUAUUUUUAUUAUGGAUCUUCCAGCUGCAGUCGGGCUUUAAAACAACAUUCCUGCUGACAAUGAGUCAAGCUUCAGUACAGAUGCUGACUGCAGGAAUAUACCUGUUAGCGAUCUUUCAAAAGGAUUGUUCCUGUUGGCUUAGCCAGCUACGAUGUCAAAAUGACAGCAUUUCUUUCCCAGCACCUGAAAGUAAAACAAGGAGACAGUUUGAUCACAGUGUGAUGUUUAACAUCCCGCAGCAAGAAGCUAAUACACCGGCUUCGUCACUGAAGAUUAUCAUUUAAUAUUUUAUAAAAGUGUUAUAAACAAGCUGCUACUCAGUUCAUUUAUUUCUUGUAUUAUUGUCGUCCUCAAAGUCCCAACCUGUAACGGAAACCUAGUUAUGUUUUUCUACUGCUUUAUUUAACUUUGCAACUUCAGGAUGUAAAUUCAAAUAGCUUUUUAAAUUCUGUUUCUUUGAAAUGAAAACCUUUUUUUUUUCUUUGCCUGCGUGUGACAUCUAAACAUUUAAUUUACUAUUCAUUAAGAAAUAUCUGAGCCCAGUUUGAAUCAACUGAUUGUGAUAAAAUGUCAGCAUUGAUUCUUUUUAGUGAUGCAACCUAAGCUAAUUUAUGCAACUAACCCACUUAUUCUAACCCAAACCUGAUCUUUUCCUAAACUUAACCAAAUUUUUUAAAAGUCUAACCGGAUGUUGCAUAUUUAUUACUGUUAACUUGAAUGUUGAGACCUAUAGCAGCCCAUUCCCAUGGUGUCAAAUAUCAAUGCCUUGUCACGUCUUUCAGCAUCUGGUACCAAUGAACAUGGCAGCGUCAUUGAUGCUAAAAGUAGGCCUAGUAUAAGUAACAUAAAAGUCAGAGUAAAGAGAUGGUUGAGGAGGAUUGGUGGAUCAGAAACCAGACGUUAAUCCCGGAGACCAGUGUUUGUUUUCUGUGUGAGACAAAAAGUCAAGUAGUAUUGUUGCUUGAACCUAACCAAAUUGUUUCACAACUUCACUGGAGCCAUACGCGUACAAAAACGACUCUAAAGGGUACCCAGGGCGUACGAAAGCAAUACAAUCACCUUCAGUUGCUUCGACAUCAGACGUCAAAGUCAAAAACUCAACCCCCGCUGGCUGUGAUGAAACUGUCUCCUCCUUGGUUUUUCUUUGUAACACAGCAAAAGCCACUGCCCUAUUUUAUCUAAGUACACCGUGCACACAGAUACACAAAAACUAUUUUGCAGUGAACAAGAACAAUGAAAACCUUAAAACCAGAGCUCAAGAGCAGCAACUCGACUGAACUCUGUGCAGCUCUGGUUUGUCCAAUAAGCAGGUUGUAGACAUUUUAGCGUCGGCUAGAGUUGCUUCGUGACCAAAUGAUGUGCAGCUAUUUUUUAAACCUACAUAGAAGAAGUGGCAUGUUUGUUAUUUCAAACGAAAAUGUAAACUCAUUUAAAACAAAAAGGUGAAUUAUAUCAAUACAUGAAUGUUGAGAAAAGAGAAUGACACAUUUUCACCAUCAAAGACGACGACGACGGAGGAUGAAAAAGAGACUUUUUGUGGGGGAGGAUGGAAAAUAGCUGGAGAUCUUUACACUGACAUUUUUCACCUCCACACCUCGAAGUGAACUGAACUGAUGAACAUCAUCAUUAACACACAGACGGUACAUCUGUAACACCGUGAGCACACAUAGUUAUGUAUCUAGAAACUAUUAAUAUCCAUCAGCAUCAUAUCUGAUCUCCACAAACAUAUGGAUAACUUUAAUCUAUGAAGUUUCACCUUCUUUAACACCUUUAACUAAUAAAAAGGAAACACAGAAGUUGAUUUAAAACUGAACCUUGAUCUGAAUGGACAGUUUAAAGGUGCAAUAUGUACGAUUCUAUAUUAUAAUAAAUCUAAUCAAUACAGCUAGCUUGGUAUAAUGACCGUAAACAAUUGAGACGAUUGUCGACCUCUAUCACAUUCACAGACUACAUUUCCUUUCAGAUUCUUUGCACUUGUCAAUCAGCUUGUAGCCCCGCCCUAAAGCCUCCCCUGCUUCCUGGUCUCUGUUCCUCUAAAUGGGACCAUAAUUUACUAAAUGAACAUCAUGCUGUGUUGAAGAAGACUUGAAACUAGCGACUGAGACCAGAAACUCAUCAGGAAAGUGUUUACUGAGGGAAUAAAUCAGCUGACAAGUAGAAACAUUUUGUCAUAGACGUCUAUACAAUCCAGAGGAGUCGCCCCCUGCUGGCCAUUAGAGAGGAUGCAGGUUUAAAUUACUUCCGGAUUGGCUUGACUCGUGAGAGCUGGAGGUUGCUUGGUUUUCUGCCUUUGCUGUUACAACAGUUAAAGCUUGCAAAACUGGCCAACCAUUUAAAUAAUAAUGGUAAAUGGUAAAAUCCAGUGCGCCCCCAAUGCGUAAAGUUAUUUUCCAGCAUAAACCGAGAGCUAUUUCAGUUCACUGUCUUGGUCCUGAACACCAAACUGUCAAACACAUCCAGAACUUCAGAGGUUUGUUUACAGUCAUUAUGCCACUGUUGUUGUUGUUGUUGUUGUUGUUGUUGUUGUAGUAAUAUGUUUUAUGGAAGGUAAAAUGAGACUCGCAGCACCUUUAAAUCAGAUUUCAGCAGGUUUACACACAACUUUGUGGAGUCUGUCAGAAUGAAUUCACUCUCACUGCAAACGCCAAAAACACCGCCGCUACAUCCCGCAUCACACACACCACCAUGUCGGCCUCGCCACCGCACGCUUCCUGUAUCUGUGAUAAAAUUUUUUAAAAAACUGGAUGAAGAUGUGCGAUUUGUCAGUUGGAGUGAGCGAGCAUCGGUCACUUUACGUUGAGAUGAUUUCGUUUUUUUCCUUUCUUUAAUUUGAUAUUUUUUCAAGGAAUGACUGACGCUGUUUGAUGAGAGGAUUUUUGCUUUGUUCUGAUUGGUUGUGUGUAGUAAGAAACAGGAAGUUGGUUGCUGUGACUAACACCAUGAUGACACAAAGAUUGUUCCAUAUUUUGUUCUUUUGUUUUUGUACAUUUUAAAAGUGUGUUUUCUUUUUUUAAAAUCUAAUUAUUUUAACACACAGGGCGACGUCGUGAGGGCGUAUCACUGUCAGCGUCUGAUAUUUUAACUGCUGAAUGCAUGAUGUCAUGAUGAUGAUGUCGUAUUUUUAUUAACCUUAUAUACAGUAUAUUGAAAUGUGCAGUUACAGGUUCCUGAGACAACACAACACGACUGAGGUCAAAGGUCAGACUCGUUGACGGUGACUCACCUGUCCGGCACCGCCCUGCUGCUGUACAUACUGAACUACUGAAUGACAGUAUAAUUAUUGUUGUUGUUGUUGUUGUUUUCACAUCUGGAUGCAGGUGAUGUAACAGAUGAAUGGUGACGUGAAUGAUUAACCAUGAGUUACAAUAAAGAGCAUUUCUAUUUGCUUUGAG